GGGUCCGGACUGCGGGGCUGGGGGACUGAGGGGAGAAAAGAUGGCGGCGGCAGCUGCAGCUGGUGCGGCCUCCGGGUUGCCAGGUCCAGUAGCACAAGGAUUGAAGGAGGCGUUGGUGGAUACUCUCACUGGGAUCCUGUCCCCAGUGCAGGAGGUGCGGGCGGCUGCCGAGGAACAGAUUAAGGUGCUGGAGGUGACGGAGGAAUUUGGUGUUCACUUGGCAGAGCUGACUGUAGAUCCCCAGGGGGCACUGGCAAUCCGUCAGCUAGCAUCAGUCAUCUUGAAACAAUAUGUAGAGACUCACUGGUGUGCCCAAUCAGAGAAGUUUAGGCCACCUGAAACUACAGAAAGGGCAAAAAUUGUUAUCCGGGAGCUAUUGCCCAAUGGGUUGAGAGAAUCGAUAAGCAAAGUGCGCUCCAGUGUGGCCUAUGCAGUGUCAGCCAUUGCCCACUGGGACUGGCCGGAAGCCUGGCCCCAACUCUUCAACCUGCUCAUGGAGAUGUUGGUGAGCGGAGACUUAAAUGCCGUCCAUGGAGCCAUGCGUGUGCUUACAGAGUUCACUCGAGAGGUGACAGAUACACAAAUGCCACUGGUUGCUCCUGUCAUUCUUCCAGAGAUGUAUAAGAUCUUCACCAUGGCUGAGGUAUAUGGUAUUCGAACCCGUUCCCGAGCUGUGGAGAUUUUUACCACUUGUGCCCAUAUGAUCUGUAACAUGGAGGAGCUAGAAAAGGGUGCAGCCAAAGUCCUGAUCUUUCCUGUGGUACAGCAGUUCACAGAGGCCUUUGUUCAGGCCCUCCAGAUACCAGAUGGCCCCACAUCAGAUAGUGGGUUUAAGAUGGAGGUCCUAAAGGCAGUGACGGCCUUGGUGAAAAACUUCCCAAAACACAUGGUGUCCUCCAUGCAGCAGAUUCUGCCUAUUGUUUGGAACACCCUAACUGAGAGUGCAGCUUUUUAUGUGAGGACUGAAGUGAAUUACACAGAGGAAGUAGAAGAUCCCGUGGAUUCUGAUGGUGAAGUCCUGGGCUUUGAAAAUCUCGUCUUUAGCAUUUUUGAAUUUGUCCAUGCCCUACUAGAAAAUAGCAAAUUCAAAAGCACUGUUAAGAAAGCUUUGCCUGAGUUGAUUUACUAUAUUAUUCUGUACAUGCAAAUCACUGAGGAACAGAUUAAAGUAUGGACAGCCAACCCCCAGCAAUUUGUAGAAGAUGAAGAUGAUGAUACUUUCUCUUAUACUGUUAGAAUUGCAGCUCAAGACCUAUUGCUGGCUGUGGCCACAGAUUUCCAGAAUGAGAGUGCAGCAGCUUUGGCUGCUGCAGCCACCAGGCAUUUACAAGAAGCUGAGCAAACCAAAAACAGUGGCACUGAGCACUGGUGGAAGAUCCAUGAGGCCUGCAUGCUUGCCCUAGGCUCGGUGAAGUCCAUUAUCACAGAUAGUGUGAAAAAUGGCAGGAUCCAUUUUGACAUGCAUGGGUUCCUAACCAAUGUCAUCCUUGCUGACCUCAACCUCUCAGUGUCUCCUUUCCUCUUGGGUCGGGCACUUUGGGCUGCCAGUCGCUUCACUGUUGCUAUGUCUCCUGAACUGAUCCAACAGUUUCUACAAGCAACAGUUAGUGGGCUUCAUGAGUCACAACCCCCAUCAGUUCGAAUUUCUGCUGUGAGAGCCAUCUGGGGUUAUUGUGACCAACUGAAAGUCUCAGAGAGUACCCACGUGCUUCAGCCCUUCCUCCCCAGCAUCCUUGAUGGCUUAAUUCACCUAGCAGCCCAGUUCAGCUCAGAGGUCCUCAACCUGGUGAUGGAGACUCUAUGCAUCGUUUGUACUGUAGACCCAGAAUUCACAGCAAGCAUGGAAAGCAAAAUCUGCCCCUUCACUAUCGCCAUUUUCUUAAAGUACAGUAAUGAUCCUGUCGUCGCCUCGCUGGCUCAGGACAUCUUCAAGGAACUGUCUCAGAUUGAAGCCUGUCAGGGCCCAAUGCAGAUGAGGCUAAUUCCCACUCUGGUCAGCAUAAUGCAGGCCCCAGCAGACAAGAUCCCCGCAGGUCUCUGUGCGACAGCCAUUGAUAUCCUGACAACAGUAGUACGGAAUACAAAGCCUCCACUUUCCCAGCUUCUCAUCUGCCAAGCUUUCCCUGCUGUGGCACAGUGUACCCUGCACACAGAUGAUAAUGCCACCAUGCAGAACGGUGGAGAGUGCUUGCGGGCCUAUGUGUCAGUGACGCUGGAGCAGGUAGCCCAGUGGCACGAUGAACAAGGCCACAAUGGACUGUGGUACGUGAUGCAAGUGGUGAGCCAGCUCCUAGACCCCCGCACUUCAGAGUUCACUGCAGCCUUUGUGGGCCGCCUUGUCUCCACCCUCAUUUCCAAGGCAGGGCGGGAGCUUGGGGAAAAUCUGGACCAGAUUCUUCGUGCCAUCCUCAGUAAGAUGCAGCAGGCAGAGACACUCAGUGUCAUGCAGUCUCUGAUCAUGGUAUUCGCUCACCUGGUACACACCCAGCUGGAACCUCUCUUGGAGUUCCUCUGUAGUCUCCCAGGACCUACUGGAAAACCUGCCCUCGAGUUUGUGAUGGCUGAGUGGACGAGCCGACAGCAUCUGUUCUAUGGACAAUAUGAAGGCAAAGUCAGCUCUGUGGCACUGUGUAAACUGCUCCAGCAUGGCAUCAAUGCAGAUGACAAACGGCUACAGGAUAUCCGUGUGAAGGGAGAAGAGAUCUACAGCAUGGAUGAGGGCAUCCGUACCCGCUCUAAAUCAGCCAAAAAUCCAGAGCGCUGGACAAACAUUCCUUUGCUGGUCAAGAUCCUAAAGCUGAUUAUCAACGAGCUCUCCAACGUCAUGGAGGCCAAUGCUGCUCGCCACGCCAAUCCUGCAGAGUGGAGUCAAGAUGACUCCAAUGAUAUGUGGGAGGACCAGGAGGAGGAAGAGGAGGAAGAAGAAGAUGGUUUAGGUGGCCAACUUUUAUCUGACAUUCUUGCUACCAGUAAAUAUGAGGAGGAUUACUACGAGGAUGAUGAGGAAGAUGACCCCGAUGCCUUGAAGGAUCCUCUCUAUCAGAUUGAUUUGCAGGCAUAUCUCACAGACUUCCUCUGCCAGUUUGCCCAGCAGCCAUGCUACAUAAUGUUCUCAGGCCACCUUAAUGACAAUGAGAGGCGGAUUCUACAGACCAUCGGCAUCUAAAAAGAGGGCCUUUCUACAUUGGCUUCUUUUUGGCCCAGCCACAAAUCAUUUUGCAGCCCUCACUGGCUUUGAGAUGCACUUUCUUCUCAACCUAGAGUGGCUUCCUGAUCCUCGGUCCUUGGCCUCUGCAGAGUGACACUCACAAUGACUUUGACCAAGCUCACCAGUGCCAUCACCUAGGAAUACUGGAACAAAGGACAUUUCUCAAAAUUCCUAUGAAGAUAUCCUAUCUCUGGAGCCUUUUUAUCCCCAACUCUGCCCCCACCUCUGUUCCUAGUGUCCUCUGCUGGCCAAUCCAGAAACAUUUGUGCCCAGAAGGAUUAUGUGUUCAUGGAUUAUUUUGCCCCACCUCAGGAGCACAGGAAGUCACUACCAUUUAUAUUCUAAAACAGACCUGUCUACUUUCAUAGGAUAUCUGAUGUGUUCAAAUAGGAACCCCUGAGAGAUCACUAAGCUUUCUGCCCUCGACCACUGAUGCUCUGGGUUCUCAGCAGGCACAAGCAGGAGCAGCUACAUGCUACGCCCUUUCCAGCAGCCUCCCUCCCUGCUUUCUUCCUACAACACUGAGGCUCCUCUGUUGAAGGAAGUCAUCGUCUUGUUUUUGCUUCCUUGCAUGACACAACCCCUCCCCCAAGCUGUUCCUAUAUAUACAUGCACACACAAAAUAAGCCAGACAGAUGGCAAUUUGUUUUCCCUUUUUUAGAAAAAAAAAAAAAAGAAAGAAAGAAAAAAAGGAUUUUUAAAAAAUCCACCUGACCCAACUAUAUUUAAUAUGCCUCCACCACACAUUACCAGAGUAUGAUAUUCAAAGGUUAUCCCUUGUCCCUCAGGAAUCCUUUAAAGUGGUUAAGUUGUAGCCCUCAAAUUUGCAAUGUGUAUUUUUCUAGGACAGUAAAGUAAUCUUUACAAAUGAA